CCGUAAUUUAGCCUAUGAGUAUGAGUCUUUGCAAUUGGUUUCGCAGUUUUGGUUGUUGAUCCAGAAUCUGUUUGCACUUUGUUUUGGUAUGUCUGUGCAUUGAGUUAAACAUUUAGCAAGUGUGGCAAUAUGUCAUCCGCUUCUAAGCUUGGCAAGAAGGAAGGAAAGCCACGGCGACUCAACUACCCAACAGUAGAUGAUCUUGUGGAUACAUUCGAGGAAUUGCUAGAAAUAGAACACGAUGCAGAGGUUGAACAGAGUCAAGAAAUCCUCUCCAGCCACAGCAUUCGAGACUUGCUUUCUGCUGGUGUUUGCAUGACAAAUCUAUCUCUGGAAUCACAGUCGACUGGCUUCAAUGGACGUCGUAUUCUAAAGUUUUCUCCUGCGAUACGUAGUGGUAGUUUCCAGAAGACCUCACUGAAGGCUGGCGAUGUUGUCAGCAUAUGGGGCAAUGAGGGCACAACUGAAGGUGACAAGGCGGAUGGCUUGACCGGCGUUCUGACCCGUGUCUCGGGUGCGGAUGUGGAGGUAGCACUGGAUGACAAGCAUAGCACGUACCAGGAGGCUAGCUCUGCAAACAGCAGAUUUACCUUGCUCAAGCUUGCUAAUGAUGUCACGCACAAGAGAUACAGAAGGUGUAUGACGCAGCUUCGCUCGCACAUAGCAACGCCAUUGAUCAAUGCUAUUGUACACAACACCCACGAUGGUGAUAUCAUUCAAGACUGCACGAGUGUAUCGCCAGAUGAUGUGCACUGGUUCAAUGCGCGGCUGGAUGACUCUCAGAGGCACGCCGUGCAGCUGUGCUUACCGCACAUGCCACCACGUGACCGUGGUCCAAGCAUUGCGCAGUCAUCUCAUACAGCGUACGCUGCACCUAGACCGGUGACGAUUAUCCAUGGACCGCCCGGUACUGGCAAGACUACUACUGUAGUGGAGGUGAUCAGGCAAUAUGUCAAGUUGGGCAUGAAGAUCUUGGUGUGUGCUCCAUCCAACGUGGCCGUGGACAAUCUCGUUGAGAAGCUAGCAGCAUGCCGUCCAGUUGUGAAGAUGAAACGACUGGGCCACUCCGCUCGCGUAAUGCCUGGCCUGUUUCGUCACACACUGGAGUUCUCCUUAGUGAACGGAGAAGGUGCUGAUGUCAUCCGUGAACUGCGCCAGGAGAUUGACACCAACAUGCUGAAGGUCCAGGCUGUUCGCAACCCAGAAGCAAGGAGGAAAAUGUGGGCCGAAAUCAAAGGCCUGCGUAAAGAUCUCGUUCAGCGUGAAGCAAGGCGUAUCAAGGAACAUCUAUCCCGUGCGGAUGUUGUUCUGUCAACUCUGACAUCAGCCUCACCGGAUAGCCCUCUCAGACAUCUGGAAAGCGAUCAUUUCGGUGUUGUCAUUGUUGAUGAGGCUGCACAGAGUAUUGAGCCAGCCUGCUGGAUACCUUUAGUGCAGGCAUCAUCGUGUGUACUAGCUGGUGAUCAUCAGCAGUUACCACCCACAGUUAUCUCACAACGAGCAGCUAAUGCCGGAUUGGAAGUGACCAUGAUGGAGAGGCUAGUGGCACAGCACCCCACUGCAAUGCUGACCUCACAGUACCGUAUGCAUCGUCACAUCAUGCAAUGGUCUUCUAAUCAUCUUUACCAUGGGCGCCUUGUCGCUCAUGACAGCGUCGCUAACCACCUUCUCAGAGACUUGCCAGGUGUAAAGGGCGAGGAGUACAGCACAGACGUGCCACUGCUGCUCAUCGACACUGCAGGAUGUGACUUGGAAGAGCUACCGACUGAGUCGGAUAUGUCGAAGGGCAAUGAAGGUGAAGCGGAUUUGGUUGUAGCGCAUGUUCAACAGCUACUUGACCUGGGCCUGAAAGCGGAAAGCAUUGCCGUAAUAUCACCUUACAACUUACAGGUGGAUAUGACUAGUAAGCGUCUACAAAGCCGCGGACAUCAAGUUGAAGUACGGUCUGUUGACGGAUUUCAGGGCAGAGAGAAGGAAGCAGUUGUCCUCUCGCUGGUUCGAUCAAACUCCGAAGGUAAUGUGGGUUUCUUGUCGGAAGAUCGGCGUCUGAACGUUGCCAUCACACGUGCACGUCGGCAUGUGUGCGUUGUGUGCGACUCUGAAACGGUGCGGCACAAUGCUGCCAUCAACUCUCUGCUAGACUACAUGGAGGAAAACGGAGAAGUAGUCAGCGCAGCUACAUACCAGCAGGAGCAUUCAAUCGGUCAAGGCCAUACUUCCAGUGUGGACUUGAGAAAGUCCAGAGCUCGCCAGGCACAUUCAUUGAAGCAGACUCUACCAGAGAAACAGAAGGGCGCCGCAAAGAAGGCUGACAAGUCUGGCGAUGCCAACAAGGAAGAGCUCACCGUGACCAAGUCCGGUGAUGAUGUCAAAUCCACUGCAGCACCGGCCAUGUGUACUGAGGAUGGCAAGACCACCAGUAGCAACAAUAGCGGAACUGAUUCAAAUUGCACGCAGGCAACUGCUGUGGAACUGGGCAAGGCUGAUCCUGCCCCUCUGCAGACGCAAUCAGUGGAUACCCAUGAACCUGAGGUUGCUGAGGAACUGGGAGAUGCACAGAAGGAGAAGGAGGUCAGCGCUUUCACUGGCAGUAGUAAUAGUGAACCAAUUGUCUCUGCUAGUGACCCUGCGGAUUCUCACGAAGUUCCUUCUCCUGCGACAAAGACCGCCGUGGCACUUAGCUCACCAGCAGGCAGCGAAUCAAGAGCAGACCCAGUGUCCAGACCUAUUGCACAAGCUAACAGAGGUGCUGAUGCCACACGUACCAACUCUGCGAAAACACCUGACACAACAGCAAUGGGCAAGUGCGCAAAGUGCAUGGCUGCCGUACCAUCCGCUAACCUGGCUCUGCAUGAACUGCGCUGUCCUGGCGUUGCUGCCAAGUCAGCGACCAAGUCUGCAGCAAAGCCAGUGUCACAGGCAGCAGCCGCCACUGCCACCGCAGCCACAGCAACUGCAGCAGCUUCUACGAAGAAAAAGAAGCAAAAGGCAAAGGCCGCACCUGCUGGCGCUGCAUCAAAGAUGGUUUUGGAAUCGGACAACUUUGAUGAGAUGCUGGAGGAAGUGAAGAAGAUUGAUACCACAUGUAGUUUCCAACCCUGUAAGAAGAAGCUCAAUCUGGUCUCAGGUCGCUGCUCCUUUUGCACGCGCUCAUUCUGCUUUUCCCAUGUACAAGCUGAAGUUCAUGGUUGUGGCGAUGCGGCGCGACGUGAGGCGCGCCGUGCAGCAUCUGCUCCCGCUCACAAAGCAGCUAGCAAACAAAAGGCGGCGCUGCAGCGCAAACUGCAGAAGCAGCUGGACGAGAAACAAGCUAAGCGAGCUCACAAGGAGAAGCACUGAGAGUCCCAGGGACCCCGUUGUGCAACAUUCACGUUGAUUGGACGAUAUCAUCACUUCAUUGGGGGAGGGGGUACUAAAAAAUGAAUUUUCUGAUACACACACGCACAGACACACACGCACACACACACACACAGAGUUUGGAUUUUUUUCUUCAAGUAUCUCUAUUACUCACGGCAUACCAUACUCAUUGUCAUUGCUGUUUUGCUUUCUAUGUAGCCAUUUCCAUUUUUCUCCCCUUGUCACUCUCAGAGCCGUACAGUGAUGUUGCUUUUCUUCUUCUCAAACAAUCGACUCUGAACCGUGCUGGAGGCUGAAUACUUUGAUGUGAAAUUCCAUUGCGUAACCCAGUCUGCAGGUGACCUGAUGUCCGUUGAUCGGACCAAAAAAUAGUUAUCUUCUUUUCGCCCGGAAAUUCGUCAGUUUCUUGAAGCUGAGCUUCAUUUCGCUGUUGUAAUUAUUUUUAGUUCUCUACCAUGUCCACACACUUUAGAAAAGUACAAUGUGUAAGAGUUUGUUUACCCGUUCUGUCAUUGUAAUGCCGUAUUUUAAUUUAUUUUCUCUGCUUUAGCCGAUCCAGCCAGGACACAUUGAAUCACUGAAAUAAUCAUUGCUCGCGCAGUGGACUGCAUAAUUAUUAUCCUCUCCAUAGUA